UUAAAGCACUGGAGCAGCUAAUCCUCACAGACCUGUAGGAGCUGGAGUCGGAGCCCAAGAACACGAUUCUUCCCGAGUCCCUGGCAUCCCCGGAAGCUUCAACUCUGGAGGCGAUGGGUCGAAAGGAAGAAGAUGACUGUAGUUCCUGGAAGAAACAGACCACCAACAUCCGCAAAACCUUCAUCUUCAUGGAAGUGCUGGGAUCAGGAGCUUUUUCGGAAGUUUUCCUGGUGAAGCAGAGGAUGACUGGCAAGCUCUUUGCCCUGAAGUGCAUCAAGAAGUCGCCUGCCUUCCGCGACAGCAGCCUGGAGAAUGAGAUCGCGGUGCUGAAAAAGAUCAAGCAUGAAAACAUUGUGACCCUGGAAGACAUCUACGAGAGCACUACUCACUACUACCUGGUCAUGCAGCUCGUCUCCGGUGGGGAACUCUUUGACCGGAUCCUAGAGCGGGGUGUCUACACAGAGAAGGAUGCCAGUCUGGUGAUCCAGCAGGUCUUGUCAGCAGUCAAGUACCUCCAUGAGAAUGGCAUCGUCCACAGAGACUUAAAGCCCGAAAACCUGCUAUACCUUACCCCCGAAGAGAAUUCUAAGAUCAUGAUCACAGACUUCGGUCUGUCCAAGAUGGAGCAGAGCGGUGUCAUGUCCACUGCCUGUGGGACCCCAGGCUAUGUGGCUCCGGAAGUGCUGGCCCAGAAGCCCUACAGCAAGGCCGUGGACUGCUGGUCCAUCGGCGUCAUCACCUACAUACUGCUAUGCGGGUACCCCCCUUUCUACGAAGAAACGGAGUCUAAGCUUUUUGAGAAGAUCAAGGAGGGCUAUUACGAGUUUGAGUCUCCAUUCUGGGAUGACAUUUCUGAGUCAGCCAAGGAUUUUAUUUGCCACUUGCUGGAGAAGGACCCGAAUGAGCGGUACACCUGUGAGAAGGCCUUGAAUCACCCCUGGAUCGACGGAAACACAGCCCUCCACCGGGACAUCUACCCGUCAGUCAGCCUGCAGAUCCAGAAGAACUUUGCUAAGAGCAAGUGGAGGCAAGCCUUCAACGCGGCCGCCGUGGUGCACCACAUGCGGAAGCUGCACAUGAACCUGCACAGCCCGGACGCCCGGCCCGAGGUGGAGAACAGGCCGCCCGUCACCCCAGCCUCGGAAGCCUCUAGACCCAGCUCCCCCGAGAUCACCAUCACCGAGGCACCCGUCCUGGACCGGAGCGUGGCACUCCCAGCCCUGCCCCGGCUGCCCUGCCAGCACGGCCGCCGGCCCGCUGCCCCCGGUGGCAGGUCCCUCAACUGCCUGGUCAACGGCUCCCUCCGCAUCAGCAGCAGCCUGGUGCCCAUGCACCAGGGGCCCCUGGCCGGCGAGCCCUGCGGCUGCUGCUCCAGCUGCCUGAGCACCGGGAGCAAAGGGAAGUCCUCCUACUGCUCCGAGCCCACGCUCCUCAAAAAGGCCAACAAAAAACAGAACUUCAAAUCCGAGGUCAUGGUGCCUGUGAAAGCCGGUGGCAGCUCCCACUGCCGGGCAGGGCAGACUGGCGUCUGUCUCAUCAUGUGAUCCCUGGAGCCUGUGCCCGUGUCACUGCAACUUUCAGGAGAGACGUUCGACUCUUCUCUGCCCUUCCAAACGUGGCGUCUACCCGGCAGAGCGAGGACAGAAGAGCAAGUGGAGCAGGGCCUGGCAGGAGCAGGUUCUGGAAAAAGCACCAGCCCCUCAGGGAGGCCCGGGAGGCAGCCCCAAGGCACGGAGGCCUCGGCUGAAGCUACGGGCAGGAGGAGCAGCACC